GUUUAGCUAACUGUGUUGUGUUGACAAGUCAUGGGUGGGAAUUUGGUGUUUUGUGAGGUAAUUGACUAAAAUGCGUUUUAUCUGAACGACAUUCGAUGACUAUUAAGAAAAGUUCAACAAGAUCUGCGUGGAAGAAGAAUUUGUAUGAAAACAAAGGCUAUCCAGACAAUUACACAGAUGCAUCGUUUCUGGAAGAAUUGAAGAAAAAUGUACAUUCUCGAGGUGUGUCGUAUGGAGAGGCGAUCAGAGGGGGUGGACUAGUUGCACGCCAGUUAUGCAUCGUUGUAUGGUUUGCUUUAGUAUUCGUGUACGUCAACAACGAAUGGAUUACACCGGAGAAAGUAUUCGUAUGCAGCAGCAUACUGACAGGAAUAGGUUACCUGCUGUUCAGAGCAGUACAUACGAGUGUAAAUUAUAGCACAGUGUUUUGGGGAGAUUUGCACACAGUUCUAAUAUUUCUUUCCUUUGGCUACGUGCUGUCCCCUAUUCUGAAAACACUUACCGAGACAAUUAGUACAGACACAAUAUAUGCGAUGACCACGAUAAUGAGUUGUGUUCACUUGAUAUUUUUCGAUUAUGGUGUGCCUGCAGCAGUUGUAUCUAGCGCCUUGUCCCUGAAUGCUGCCAUAUUUGGUUCAAUAUGCUUAGCGUCACGACUGCCUUCACCAUUCCAUGCCUUUGUGCUGUUAACAGUUGCAGUUGAAUUAUAUGCACUCCUUCCAAUGUUAUUGUCAAAUGUGAGAGGAUCUCUGAUCACUGUAGGUAGCAUGGUCAUUGUAACUGUUUAUUUUUUAUUUACUGUGUCAUCAAUUUUGACUUUCCUGUUUAUCUGUUCUGUGAUAUUUAUCACAGCAGUGUGUCCAUUAUGUUUUGUGAAAUGGCAGUGCCACAAGGAUAACAUAUAUGGUCCAUGGGAUGAAGCUGUUGUAAGCGAGAUUGACAUGUGAGGACUAAAUGUUUAUUUUUAGAAACUGGGUGCAUCUAAAGCCACUCAGUUAUAUCCAAAUGAAUUGUGUGUAUUGGUUUGCUUUCCACUGUUUCAUUUGACUUUAAUAUUUUGAAUUUUUUUAUAGUGAUUAGAGGUCUAGCAAAGUGUUAGCUUGCAAGAGAGUGAUGCAUUAGAACCAGAUUGAAUCCACGUGCUGUAUUAACAAACAGUGGUGUAGUUGAAAAAUUGCUCUUCACAGUUGGUUAGCUUGAUGCUUAGCUGGUUCCUAAUCACUUUGUCAUGUACUAAACACAGGAUAUAAACAAUAAAAUUAUCACACAAUGGAGAACAUCAAGUUUUCAAACAAACAUGGAAUGUUCUAUAAAAUUAUUGAUUGGUUUUCUAUAAAUGAACAACUAUCUAACAGAGUUAUUACAUUUUGAAUCAUAAUGUUGUUUAAAAAAGUAGUAGUAGAACUCAAAUGAACAGCAAUAAGAAAAAUGGAGCAAUAAAAAACCAUAGAUAACUGUUCUGCAGGGACUCACAGAAACCACAUUUAUGUUCACUAAUUUAUGGUCUACUUGUGUAAUUUUUCAUGGAAGAAAGUUAAAUUUAGAAGGAAGUUGGCUUACCUUAAACUGAACAGCCUGGAAAAUUUAUGAUACUAAGAGUCAUAUGAGUAUCAAUUCAGAAAUAAUUAGACUCUAAAUCAAGACAACAUUGUUUUAUUUGCAAUUCACCCACAUUUAUCUAUGUCACUGCAGGCCAUAUGAUUACAGACAUCCGUAGCACAUAUGUUCAGGUGUUGGCUGCAGCAAGCAACUUCUACAGCAUGUGUACCAAUCUGUAAGGGCAACAUUUUCUGACAAAUCUGUUUCAGUUCUGAUUUGAAGGAAGAGAUGUGGAUGAACAUUUGUUUUGAAUGGGCAUGUAUGGUCAAUGGAAGGGUCCGAUUUCACUCGUCUGCUUUUACCCGUGACAACUGUGAUGUCAUUGAGGUGCGGCGUGUGAAAUGGAUUGUUUGCGAAGGGCGUGUAGGGUUGUCUGUUUCUAAAUUGUUUGAUGUUGGUGUGGUAUUGGACUGAGUGUUACUGUAAUUGUGGAAGUUCGUAUUUUGCUGCAUUGGCAGUAUGUUAUUUACUAUCAAUUAAUUUUUGGCUUUUGAAUUGUUAGUU